UCCUUAUGUAUGGAUUUCAAAUUUCCUGAUAUAUCAAUUAAAGUGUUGCAUUUGUCAACUUCUACUACAGUGUAUGGACCUUUGUAAGGGGGUUGAUGUUUUUUCCUACUUUCAUUUUUGACUAAUACUUGAUCUCCGAUUUUUAUGUUCAAGGGAUUUAUAUAAUUUUGUUUGUUUGUCCUUUUUAUUUUGACAUUUUCAAUAAUUUUACGCGCUUUAGUUAUUGACAUUUUCAACCUAACUUUUAGUUCGUUGGCAUAAUUGUCUAAAUUAUAUACUGGGUUGUUAUCUUCCAAUAUGUCAUUUGGAAGGCAUGGUAGUUUUCCGAAAAUUAAUUCAUAUGGAGUGUAGUUAGUAUCUAUAUUUGGGGUGGUGUUAUACGCAAAUGUAUAAUAUGGUACCCAUUUAUCCCAUUGGUUAUCAUCUGCGAAAGAACACAUGUAUUCAUUUAGUACUCGGUGGUUUCUUUCAACUGUUCCUAAAGUUUGGUGAUGAUACGGGGUAGAAAAUAUUUGUUUUAUUUUGAGCAAUGCACAUAUGUCGCUCAUUAGCUUAUUAGUAAAUUCGGUUCCUAGAUCCGAUUUAAGUGUUUUAAAAUGUCCAUACUUUAGUAUAAAUUCAUUAACUAUGCCUAAAGCUAUAGUGUUUGCUUCUUUAUUCUCUAGUGGGAAUGCUACAACAAAUUUUGUUAAUUCACAUUGCAGGGUUAAUAUGUAUCUAUAUCCAUUCGAGAUUUUUAAUGGACCUACUGUAUCUAUUUGUACAGUUUCGAAACUUGUUGAUGGAGUGUCAGUUUUAAUCAUUUUUUCUUUAGUAUGCCUAACUUGUUUGUUUAUCUGGCAUGCUGUGCAAUUUCUUAUGUGGGAUUUAAUCAUAUUGUUCAUAUUUUUCCAACAAUAUCGUUGUUUUAACUUCAACAAAGUUUUACGAAUCCCUAAAUGUCCUCCGUGGGGACAUCCUGGCAAAUGUGUUUUGAAGGGAGUAAUUUUAUCAGUCGACGAAGAGUAUUAUCCGAAAGACCAAUGUGUCAAAUUCAUUUGUGGUGAAGGAAGUUUUGCUAUAGAAUUCAGGAAAAAUCUUUUAAUGUGGUUCAGUUUAUUACAGAUUCGAUUGGGCUAG